AUGACCACGAUGAUGACAAGCUCACAGUUUGGCCUGGAAGACAUGGAGGCCCUUCUCUGGGGACCUUCCUUUCCCAUGGCUGACCCCAUGGACUCACUCUUUGUCCACCCUGACCAAGAAGAACAUCGUGGAGAAAAUUCAUUUGAGCGGAGCGCCUCACCCGCGUCUCUCCUCAAUUCAUCUUUGUCCUCCUCUUCCUCGCCCCCUCCUUUCUAUUCACCUCCCUCUUCGCCUCCUGCCAACAAACUUCAUUGGGACAAACCUGGGUCUGAGUCGGACCUGCUCUCCAUUUCCUGGUUGGACCAUUCUGGUCAACUGAAAGGUCAUGCCGUCUCAGAUGACGCUAAAGGAAACGUAUUUGGAGACCUUGACUGGAUGGAUGAGAGGGAAUUUGACUUUGACUCUCUCAUUGGGUCCUGCAGUCCUUCUGAAGACUCUCCGAGCUCUCCAGAGGAUCUGCUCGCCUCUCUUGAUUGCUCCAUGGAGUUUGACUCCUACCCUGUGACCACAUUCUCAUCUCCAGUGUAUACCGUUCUUCCCUCUGCUUCGCCCCCAGAAAAGCCUCCAUCUGUACAUUCUACUAUUAGUGUAGACACCACUGCUGUUCCCAUCUCUCACAUCCCGCAACCUGCCUCCCCGAUUGGCAGUCAAGAGGUUCCCACCUCUCCCCCAUGUGUUCCAGAGCCCCAACAAGAGCUUGAGAUUAAAUCUGAGCCUGCUUCUCCUGCUCCUUUGUCCCCUGCCUACACUCUGGAUUUGGGCAGUGAGGUAGAUGUCCCUGAGAGUGAAGUGGAAGUGUUGGAGGUGAAGCCGUUAGUCGCCUCAGUCAUCCCCCAGAUCCCCAGGUUUGUUGUGUCUCUUUCCCCCACCCGUAUUGUUGUUGUGCUGGCCCCCAGAGAGGAGCUUGGCAUCAGCACCACCACUGUAUCCACCACCACCACCACAGAGGGCCCAGAAUCCCCGCCUCAGACCCGGGCACCUCGCAGCAGGCCCUAUCCUGAGCCCAAAUACAAGGCAUGUUCAUCUCCCUCCACAAGCACCAAUGUUAAGGUCAAGUCCUCCCAGUGCGUAGUGGAGGAAAGGGUCCAACUUAAAGCACCAAGAGAUAAGAAACUCAAGAAGAUGGAGCAGAAUAAGACUGCAGCCACUCGGUACAGGCAGAAGAAGAGAGUGGAGCAGGACUUUCUGUUGGAAGAACAUGCCAUACUGGAGAGAAAGAACGUGGAGCUGACUGAGAAGGCUGAGUCCAUGGCCAGAGAGAUCCAGUAUCUGAAAGAGCUGAUGGAGGAAGUGCGGCUGACCAGGAUAAAGAAGGGGCUUAGUGCUGACCCCUAG